AUGUGGCUGCCCAUGCUUGGAAUGACCGCCCUGCCACAAGGAGGGUUCUUUGGCGGUUACAUCACAUGCAAGAUCGAGGUGAAGACCUGGUACCCAACCCUGCAGAGACCAUCAUGGCGUCCACCAAAUGCAGCAUUCCCAGUAGUUUGGACCUGUCUGUAUACAGGAAUGGGGUAUGGUUCCUACCUGGUGUGGAAAGAGCUGGGAGGUUUUACUGCGGAUGCUAAGGUUCCACUGGGACUUUAUGGACUGCAGCUAGCUCUGAACUGGGCCUGGACUCCUAUCUUAUUUGGUGCACAUAAGCUGAAACUGGCACUCAUGGAAAUUGUGCUUCUUACUGGUGCUGUUGGAGCCACCAUGGUGUCUUGGUAUCCCAUCAGCCAAACUGCCACCCUGCUGAUGGCGCCCUACCUGACCUGGCUGUGCCUUGCCACCACUCUCAAUUACUGCAUAUGGAGAGACAACCGUGAGGAGAAAGAAGCGGAGGAGACAACUAGUGUUGCCUUAGUACAGGGGUGGGCAAACUUUUUGACUUGCGGUCCACAAUCGGUUCUAAAAUCUGACAGAGGGGCCGGGCCAGGAGCAUUUGGACACGCAAUGUAAUUUAUUAAACCUGGAGAUUGAGUCUGAUUUUUAUACAUUUCAAUUAAAGGUGCAAAAUUAAAGAAAUCAACAUUUACUGGAAAAAGAUCAAUGGAAUCACUUUCAACAGUCAAAACAUAUUAUUACCCAACAAAAUAAUCAAGCUCAAUAAUUUCUAAUUGUUUUAAACCCCGCAAAAUAAUGGACGGAUUGUCUCAGCUCUCUAUAUAAUGAGGCACAAUUGUCCUCAGGUACAAGUGGAAAGAGAAAAUAUGGCCCUAAAGCUAAAAAUGUAAGUUCGAUUUUUACAAAUUCUUCAUAUCUCUUCUGAAAACACACCUUUACUCAUGUGGACGAACUGUUUUGAUGUUUGAAAUUGGUUUACCAAAGGUCAUAGGUUCACAAAAACAGUGAAAUAUCGGAAUACAAUGCUAGAUACAUGUAAAUAAAUGUGGAAAACUAUAUUUUGUAUUAUCGUUUGAGUAAAAAUGAUGUGGUCUGUCACACAUUCACCAAAAUGAUGAAGAUGGGACUGAGAAAUUACUUCAUAUUGCAGAUAAAGCUUCAUGAGUUGUGUACAAAUAAAAAAUGACCAUUACAUUUUUUUUUUUUUCAAAUAAAUAUGUAUUGUACAUAAAUAUAAAAAUCUACAUUAUAUACAUGUUGAGAAAUAGAAAACAGAACACAACUAUUGACAGACUAUUUACAAUUUGGCUUCACUAUAAUAACAUCAUGUCAUCGUGUCAUGAGACCUCUCUGCUGGCCGGGCAGGUGGAGCUGCAGGUGGAGCUGCAGGUGGAGCUGCAGGUGGAGCUGUAGGCGCUGGUGAAUCCUCUCUGUAAAAUACAAGACUAGUCAGCACCACGCACAUGAAACGGACACCGUGACGGGACACGUAACGUGUAGUAAAGACUCUUACCCGGUCCAAGUGGACCUCUUCUGGCUGCGUGUUCCUCCUCGUGGCUCUGCAGCUCCUCCAGGCUCCGUGCUGCUCGCCAAAAUCACUAAAUGAGCCUUACCUGUGUGGUGGGCGGGUCCUUUGUGAUUUACUGAGUGUUCAUUGGUUGUUUUUUUCGCAAAAUGUUGACAGACAAACGGAUUGACAAAUCAUGGUGAAGGGUUUUGUGUGACGAGUACUUUCCGCGCCAACGCACACCGGAAGUAAACAAAGUUGCGAUUUGGACAAGUUCGGCGGGCCGGAUUAAAAAGCCUAACGGGCCGGAUGUGGCCCGCGGGCCGUAGUUUGCCCAUGUCUGCCUUAGUAUGUCUAGCAGACUGUUUGCUUACAGUCAUCUGCAGCAUAUUAAAGAAAGAUAAGACAACCUGCCUCUGAUCAGUCAUUGAUUUCCAACCCAAAUGCAAUAAAUCCUUGCCAUAUUGAUCACAUUGAAGUGAAUGAGAAACACCUUGUCAUAUGAAUGUAAAUGCAAUUCUUGGUGUGCUUUGAGUAAAGUGGAAAAACUUCAUUUAAUUGCCUUUUCUAAAUAAAUGUCUGAUUUUGUGUGCAUUUUU